AUGUCGGAACUACGCUUCCGAUCGGGAAAUGCUCCUCCGCGCUUCUUCAAGGCAUGUCGCUGGUGCAGGAAACAGAAAAUGCGUUGCGAUGCACGCAGCCAGGUCCCCUGUGCACGCUGCCGCAGUGCUGGUCGCGACUGUAUCCUCGAUCCCAUUGUUGACGAAAGGCGACGCAGCCAGCGUCACAUCUCUCCCAGGCCCUCCCGGCGACAAGUAGCGAGAUCCCCGUGGAAUGAACCGACCGGUUUCGAUACACCCUCGUCCCGAGAGCAAGAAUAUUCGCCCGGGCCGGCUGUUCAGAACGAUCCCCUGAAUGCCUCGCUCGACGACUUGCCUGACUCGACGGAUCUCCGGUCGCCAGGAACCUCUGAGCAGCACGGUCAAGAUAGUCAGCAAUUGAGCCCUAAUGAUAUGAUUGCCCCCGUGUCGGUGGUGCAUUCCAUGUCCGUGAAUCUGCUGGGGUCUAGUAGUAUAUUCAUGGAUAGCCCGAACAAGGCUGAUCUCCGGAGCGACAUCAUCGCGCGAGGCAUCAUCAGUGAGGAGCAGGCACGGUCGAUGUAUGAACGGUUCUUCAACGGCAGUAAGAACUUUCUCGCACUCUUUGAUCCCAUCCGCGACACCUUCGAUUCGAUCCGAUCGCGCUCGCUUUUCUGCUUCUCGGUCAUGAUCUACAUAGCUAGCCGUGCUGUCAUUGAUCUACGAAGCAAUACCCAUUUGCAGCGUGUGUUGCAAGAUGAAGCACAGAGGCUGGCGGAGGACAGCUUCUUUGAACGACCGACGAAAGUCGAAACGGUUCAGGGGAUGAUCCUGCUCGCGGCCUAUUCAGAGAAAACAUGGUUCUCCACGGCUCUAAUCUUACGCACUGCUCUAGACUCCGGCCUAGAAAAGUCCCUGGAUACCUUGCUCUCACAGAAGGAUGUACCCAGGAGUGCUCUUUCUGCUACCUUGGAGGAGCGUAAGCUGGUAUGGCAGACAAGGACUUGGCUGAUUAGCUUCACCCUUGAACUGGAUGUCGCAUCCGGCACAGGUCGCAAGUCCAGAAUUGACGCUGUCGAUACUACUAAACUACGUAGAUUCCUCGAUUACCCGCUGUCCUUGCCUUGCGACAUGCGCACCAUAUCCAUUAUCGAAUUACAUCAGCUCCGGAGUCAAUUCCGUAUGAUAGUCGAAAACUCCAAAACCAUCCGCGAGAUCGCCAGCAUUGAACUACCAGCUGUCAUGUCAAGAUUACAGACAUGGUGGAAUACGUGGGAUGAGAUCCAUAAGAAUAAUGGCUUUCAUGCGGGGGCGUUCCAGCGCUGCAGUCUCAAACUAAUGCAUAACUAUGCACGAAUCUUCGCGUUUUGCGCAUCGCUGGCUAGGAUCCAGAAGCUACGCUCCGGCAGCACGGAAUCAGACACUGACACCGAUAAUUCGGACAUUUCUCAUUUAUGGCGCUCGCUUGCUUCGGCAACCAUGGACCAGCUGGGUUUGAUCAUCUCGGAAACAUCAUAUAGAUGCCAAUUGUCGUGGACCCCGACGUACCCGGCCUUGACAAUAGCUUUUGUCACAACAUUUUCACUACGAAUCGCGAGAUGGAGGCCAGAUCUGAUUGAUCAGGAUUUGCUCCUUGAAAGAGCGCAGCUGAUAUGCGACCUUCUUAAACAACCUCCCUACCCGGAUAUCCACCGAACCGUGUCGAUCUUUGUGAACUAUGGUCGCGCGCUUGUCGCCAGCCAGCGCGGACAAAGAGACGAUUACUUGGAUGCCCCAGACGACACCAGGCUGGCGAAUGAGCAGCUUGGCAUGAACAAGGAUCUAGACGGUGAUAAAGUAGCCAUAUCGACUGCAUCGGCGCUAGCAGAGCAAGCUAGCUAUGGAGCCACGGAGACGAUCCACCAAGGGGUCAAAGAUACUGACCUGCUUUCAAUGCCCAAUACCGACAGACAGCCCCCUGCUAGGCAGUUUCCACCCCGGCCACCAGGGCCAAUGGAAGCUCCCAACUGGAACCUAUGCCACCCAAUCGCAGACUCAUUCGGCCUGUUCGAAGAAGAACAGAACGACAUAUUUGAUUUCCUCCCUGCGAUGCCUUCGAUGCCGCAGUAA